AAGGAAGAUGACGAAAAAAUGGACAUCAUGCGUAAGGCAUUCCAAAUGUUCGAUACCAGCAAAUCCGGUUUCAUCGAAACUCUCAAAAUCACAACAAUCCUUAAUACUAUGGGACAGAUGUUCGAUGACAAGGAACUUCAUGAUUUAAUUGAAGAAAAUGAUCCUGAUGAUACUGGCAAAGUUAACUUCGAUGGAUUUUGUACUAUUGCUGCACACUUUAUUGAAGAAGAAGAUGCGGAAGCUAUUCAAAAAGAAUUGAAAGAAGCUUUUCGUUUGUACGAUCGUGAGGGGAAUGGUUAUAUUACAACUUCAACAUUGAAAGAAAUUUUAGCUGCCUUAGAUGAUAAGCUGUCAUCUUCUGAUUUGGAUGGAAUUAUUGCUGAAAUUGAUACAGAUGGCUCGGGAACGGUUGAUUUUGAUGAAUUUAUGGAAAUGAUGACAGGAGAUUAAAUAGUUAAAGCUACAUGCAAAAAUACUUUAGAUAAAAAGAUUCUGUGCCUCAUAGAAUAACUAUAGUAAAAUAUUUAUUUCAAAUUUUUA